AAGGCGUUUUAAAAAAUUCACCGGAAGUCAAAGUGGAGAAUACUUUUGAUUUUGACAGGUGCAAGAGAGGCGGGAAGCGCAAAUCACUGAUGAAAAUGCGUUCUUAGCGAUUCUGACAGGUUAUGAAGAAAUGCCGACAAAGCAGCAGUUGGACAAGGCAGCCUGGCAGUGGGCGGAGACAACGGACCCGGGGGACAUCACCAAUCAGCACAUCAAUACAGCUUACAAAUUGAACCUGAGACCUUGUAAAUUUGAAGCCUGUAAAAGAAAUUGUAAGGGAAAUCCAUUUUGCAUAAACUGUAUUGGUGAGCGUAAAUGGUUUGGAGAAAUCAACGACGACAGCUGGCAUGACAUUGAAGACCCAAACAACGAGCGCAGGCAAGGCCAAGACUUUGUAGGACUGAAAAAUCUGGGUAACACUUGUUAUGUGAACACGUUCCUCCAGCUCUGGUUCCACAGCCCGCCAAUUCGACAAGCCCUCUACAAGUUCCGAGAAACAGAUAUCCGGGAAAAGGCAGAUGAGGAGUGGCGACCCAGCAGUAUAGGAGGACACCUGCAGGCAAUUUUCUCACUACUGGAGUUUUCAGAACGUGCAUUUAUCAGUCCGGAGGACUUCAUUGACCAUUUAGGUCUGGAUGCAGCUCUUCAACAAGACGCGCAGGAGUUCUCCAAACUUUUUCUCUCCCUAUUAGAGGACUGUUUGUCUCAGCAGGAGGAUACUGCAGUACGUAACAUCAUUCAAGACCAAUUAUGUGGGGACUAUGCCUAUGUCACAACGUGCAGUGGUUGCAAUAAUUCAUCACAAACACAUUCCAAAUUCUAUGAACUGGACCUACACAUCCAAGGCCACAAGACGCUAGAGGACUCCAUCACAGACUUUCUGCACGAGGAAAAACUAGAGGGAGAUAAUCAGUACAUGUGCUCCACCUGCAGUAGCAAACAAAACGCAAAGAGAGCCAUUCAGCUGAAGAGACUUCCUCCUAUUUUAAAUUUGCAGCUUCUCCGAUUUGUUUUUGAUAAGAAAACGGGGCACAAAAAGAAACUAAAUGGUUUCAUACAGUUUCCUGAAACGUUGAACAUGAGCAAGUUCAUGACAUCAAAUGGCAAUCUUUCCGUUAAUGACAAUGCAGCAAAAGAUGGAUACAUUUACAAGUUGAAAGCCGUUCUGAUCCAUCGAGGACCCUCAGCAUACAGUGGACAUUACAUAGCACACAUUCUGGAUGAAAGUUCAGGAGUCUGGUAUAAAUUUAAUGAUGAAGAAACGACCAAGAUGAAGGGAUCAAAUCUCCAUCUUGGAACAGAAGAGGAUUUGCAGGAAACCUCUGCCAAACAGAGGGGACGAGUGCCCAAGGGAUAUCACUCCUCCAGAAAUGCUUACAUGUUGGUGUAUACAAGACAGGUGAACCCAGAAGAGAAAGACAAGAUCAUUGAUAUGAAAAAUGCAGACAUGAGUUACCUCCCUGGGUACAUGGUGGAUUAUGUUAAAAAUGACAAUGAGAAAUUUGAAAUGUGGGUGGCAGAGCUUCUCAUGAUGAGGGACCAGAAUAUAGAAAAUGGGAAGGAGAAACAAGAGGAGAUCCGGCAGACGUUCAAACGCCUGGUGGUGGGAGAGGAAGACCACGAAACUUACAACUUUGAAUGGAUAAGUCUUCCCUGGCUGACGCACUGGCUGGAAGAUCCGAGAAAAGCCAAAGCUGUAGAUAAUAAUUCAGCUUUAUGUCAGCACGGAAAACUUCACCCAGACAGAGCAGGGAAGAUGAAAUGUGUCCGGUACGAAGCCGUACAGAGUUUGUAUGAAAAGUACAAGGGUGGACCACGUUUGCCAGGUGAUAAAUCAACCUGUCUUAUUUGUGUGCAGAGUCGUUGCAAGGUCAUUCGUACCAAAAGAAAGAUGAUCGAGGAUGAAAAGUUGUUCAACACGAUGAAGAAAAUGGAAAUUCCCUCCCUCACAGAACCUGCAUAUUGGGUGGGGAAGUCAUCCAUGAGGAGCUGGAAACGCUUGGUCUUAGAGCAACUGGAAGAUUUCCGUGAAGAUCGAGACUCUAUAGAGCACGGAACUGAUAAUGAAGCAGACCAAAAUGAGCAGUCGACGAGUGGUACGACAGAAAUAGCAGCAGACAAAAGUAUGGAUGUUACUGGGGAGACUAAAGAUGUAGACCGGGAAAGAAAGUUCAAUGAAACGGAAAAUGGAGACAAAGUUUUAGACAAGGCAGAUACUUCUGCUGCCAAUGAGAACAUAGAAAGCUCUCUCCAGUUUAAUGAGGAUUUGUUAUGUGAGCUUCACGGUCAGUUAGAUCCAGACCCUUCAUGCAGGAAGUUAAUACCAGAGAAAAUGUGGAUUAGACUGAGGGAAUAUUUUCCUGACUGUCCAGAGUUCCCUAGUUCACAUCCAGUCUGUCAGAAAUGUUGUGAUAAAAAUAAAGAAGAGUCAGAAAAUCAGAACAUGAAUAAAAGGUUAGCUCAAGUGCAGAAAGCUGAUUUAGGCGAUCUCUUCAACGACAGAAAACGGCCAGUGAAGCUUGUAACGGGAGAGGAAAUAUUCGUAGUCAAUGCACAGUUUGUGGAGGACUGGAGACGGUUUGUGAGAGAUCCAAGUAAAAGCGAGCCCGUUUCGGAAGUGAAAAACAUUCGGUUGCUUUGUGAACAUCGGAAAUACUUGCACCCUCCGCCGAACAACGGCGCGGAUCUAACGGAUAAUUUUGAACUUAUAUACUUAUGGCCGCAAGAGUUUGAGAAAUUGUUGGAGCAUUUUGUGAUGGAUUUCGAGGUGUCCGUUGUCAAGUACGAGGAGGAGGACGGUUCUGAUCACAUGAUCACACUUCCAGAAGUUUGUGAAGAGUGUGUGCAAGAGCGGAUGAAUAUGAUUGAAAUGGCAAAGUAUGUGUACAAGGACGCUACAGUGUUCAUACGGAAAGCCGUUAAAGACAAACAAGGGGAUACGUCCUCUGAAACUACGAAACAAGACUACCCUGAUCCCGAUUUCUGCACGAACGACCGGCGAAAAUCCGAAAGUGAGGAACCGCCCGAGAAGAUGCAAAAACUAGACGGGAACGGCGUGCGGAAGAGUCAGCGCCAUCGGAAAGUUCGCGGCGAGAAGGAAGUGAAAGUGUCGUCUGAUCAGACGUUAAGAGAUCUUAAACUGCAGCUGAUGAAGUUAUUCUCUGUGCCGCCAUUUGACCAAAAUCUAUCCAUUUCUGGAGUGUCGUUAGUAGACGACAAAGCUACGCUCGGGAAUCUCCGCAUAGCGCCGGGCGACAUCAUCAUGCUUCAGGCGGACGAACCGGUGGAAGAUCCGGGCGUUUUACAGGACUUGAUGAACGUGUCCGGUGUACCUGAGGCCGGUUUCAAAGGGACUGGUCUCCUAGGAAAGUGAUUUUGUAAAGAAGUGCUUUAGUUUAAAUUGUAAUCGAUUUUUGGCAUUGAAGAUCAUGAUUUCAGAGUUACCCCCCUUGUGUCGUCAGCGCGGUGCACUACUUGUUAAAUGCAUGCACAUAUAUAUAUAUAUAUGUAUGUACAUCCUGGAUGUAUUAAAUUAUCAUGAUCAUUGUAACUUCGUUUCAGCAAAAUUUCCUAGAUCUCAAUCUGAUUCAAAUUUCAUAUCUCCAAUAUCAUGUUCCGACGCACAUGAUCUAUUCAUUAUCGAUUGAUCAAGAAGAAAGUGCAUGAAUUCCUUUGUUUUGUUUGAGUAUAAUUUUUGUUUUAAUUGUAAUACAUGUAUGAUGAAAUUAU